AUGCACACAUUUGAAAAUCAACUUUCACUGGAUUUUCGAACGAAACAGGACAACGCCUUAUUGCUGUAUGCAGAUGAUGGAGGUGUACAGGGAAAUUUUUAUUCACUGACAAUUGCUAAUGGGAGGUUGCAGUUGGAUUUCAGGCUAGGCGACGAGUCAAACGAUCUGUCCUCUGAAAGGCCUGUCAUAACGAUGCGACUCAACGAUAUUGUGGUGAGCGACUAUCGCUGGCAUCGGUUAACGCUGUUUCAGGCUUGGGAAAAUGUAAAGCUACAACUGGAUGAUGCUGUUCUUUUCAAGAUCCUUAAUCAGCACAGCUUCGUAUUUGGGAAUCUAAAGACAAGUUCUGAUAUUUUUAUUGGCGGUGUUCCAAAGGACAUUCAUUUGUUGGGAGUGAUGAGUUCACCGUUAAAGCGACACACCAGAACGUUUGCUGGGGGUGUGAAGAAUUUGUUAUACAGAAUGUAUCCUCAAGGCGUGACUUCACCGCAACUUAUCGAAAGCGUAGGCAUGAGACAGUCGGAUGAGGAUUACUGCAAGCCAACAAAUAUCGCCGGCACAGAAGAUCAUUUCUGCAGGAAUAGCGGGAUUUGCUAUAGUACAAACGAAGGUCCCAAAUGUGAUUGCUCAUUCACCGACUUCCAAGGAAGACGCUGCGAGCAGCGUUCGCUUUUUUCGUUUUCUAAUAUGUAUUGCUUGCUAAAUUGGCUAGAAAUCAAAAAUUACAUACAUAUCACGUUGGACGACGGUGCCAUUAUUGCAACAUCGAAAUUUGAUGGUACCGAAAAGCGUCUUAUUAGGAUGUUCAGUGAAUACCCAGCCGGUCGUUACGACGAUGAUCGCUGGCAUACAGUUACUGUCGUCAGGACAAUGACAUUAAAUUACAUACAUAUCACGCUGGACGAUGGUGCCAUUAUUGCAACAUCGAAAUUUGAUGGUACCGAAAAGCGUCUUAUUAGGAUGUUCAGUGAAUACCCAGCCGGUCGUUACGAUGAUGAUCGCUGGCAUACAGUCACUGUCGUCAGGACAAUGACAUUAGUUAGUUUAUUUGCAGCAUGUUGCACUAAAGGCGAAAAAUUUUCAAGUGAAACGAAGAAAACUUUCUGA